AUGAAUGUAGCAGGUUCCGAUAGGAGUCUCUCUCGACUCAAUACGGAACCUGUAGAGCCACAAAUGGGCGCAAUGGAGAAUGUAUCAGCACUAGCAAGUGCAAAGCCAAUGGUGGAGGAUCAGAUCCCGCCAAUCUCUGCCCGGGUGACAACACCAUCCAGCGGCGCCGGCAAUCUUCCCGGUCUCGACGCGGUUCAGUCUCGUUACGCCCGCAUCAUCGCCAAAGCUGCUCGCACCUAUGGACUCCCGAUUCGCGGAUGUGAGGUAGCCAUAGUCACUGCCAUUGUCGAAUCCAACAUUCGUGUGUACGCUAACAAGUAUGUAGCAGAGUCGUUGAAAUACCCUCACGAUGCCGUUGGAUCCGAUCAUGACAGCGUCGGUAUCUUCCAGCAGCGACCAAUCUAUUGGGGAACUGUAAAGGAUUGCAUGGAUCCUACGACCAGCGCUGGUAAAUUCUAUGCCGCUCUCAAGAAAGUCGCCGGGUGGCAGAACGUCAGCGUUGGUACGGCAGCUCAGAAAGUGCAGAAGUCGGCAUUCCCUUUACGAUACGAUCAGCAAGCAUCCAAGGCCACUGCCAUCUGCCGUGCGGCGUAUUGA